GGCACUAGAGCAGUGAUGAAGAAGAUGGAGGAUUUCCCAGAAUCCUUCAUAUCCAGAUACCUCGUCCUCCUCGGCCUCUUUCUCCAGUUGCUCACAUUGGGCUCAGCUCAGUUUUUCACAAUUGGACCUGAUGAGCCUGUCCUGGCCCUGGAGGGGGAAGUCGCUGAGUUACCCUGUCACCUGGACCCCAAGAUGUCCGCUGAGCUCAUGGAUAUAAAGUUGUUCCGAUCCCAAGUUUCUAAAGUUGUCCACUUGUAUGCCAAUGGAGAGGAUCAGUUUGGAGAUCAGAUGGAAGAGUAUCGAGGGAGGACUGAGUUGGUGAAAGAUGCUGUGGAUUAUGGGAGUGUGGCUGUGAGACUCCACAAUGUCAGAGUCUCUGACGAGGGAAAGUUUUACUGCUCCUUUGAAGAUAGCCAAGGGUAUGAUGAAGCUCAGCUGGAGCUGCAGGUGGUUGCUCCCCUCUUCCCGACGGCUUUAUCCUUGAUGGUGGCCCUGGGUGUGACUCUCCCUGUGCUGGGACUGCUCAUCGCUGGAGGUCUUUAUCUCAUCUGGAAACACCCCAAGGACAAAGGGAAACUCCAGAUUGAGCUCAGGUGGAGCAGGAGCCAGUUACACAUGGCCAACGUCACUUUCCAUCCAGACACGGCGCAUCCCGUACUCGUCCUGUCCGAGGAUCGGAAACAGGUGACACGGGGAGGCACGUGGCAGGACCUGCCCGACAACCCGGGCAGAUUCAGUUAUUGUGGCUGUGUGCUGGGCCGCCAGCGCUUCACUUCCGGGAGACAUUGCUGGGAGGUGGAGGUGGGAGAUGCGGUUGCCUGGCGACUGGGGGUUUGCAGGGAAAAUGUGAGGAGAAAAGGGGCGAUCUCCGAGUCACCUGCAGAUGGAUUCUGGGCUGUGAUGAAAGAUGAAGAUGGAUACUGGACGCUCACUUCUCCCCGCACCCGUCUCCGCCUGAGCACAGUGCCCUCCCGGGUGGUGGUCUACCUGGACUACGAGGCUGGAGACAUCUCCUUCUACAGUGGCACUGACGGAUCCCACAUCAACACUUUCCCCCGCGCCGACUUCGCUGGGACCCUCCAACCUUUCUUCCGCGUCUUCCGCUUUGGUGAUUCCCUGACCAUCUGCCCCGUGCCCGGUGGGGCUGGGGAAAACGCUGUCCCUGCCUCCGCUCAGGAGACUCCGGUGAGCCCCCCAGGAGUGGGACCAGCCUCAGCCACUGGAGAUGGGGAUCCCCUCCCUGGAGCCGAUGCCCCAUUGCUCCCCGCCCAGCCCAGCCCCGGGGUCCCUCCUGCCCCUUAGGGAGCCACCCAGCCCCUGCCCUUUUCCCCCCUGCAGCUGUCACCUCCCAGGUUUCAACUGCCUGUGUCCCCCCUCCUCCUCUGCUGCUUCU